GGUCGGACGCCUGCGCCAUAAAGCCCGCUGCGCGCACUGGUACCGACUUGCCGCGCGCCGCCGCUCCUCUUUCCUUCCUCUUCCGAGCACGUCCUGCUCCGUGUACCUCUCGGGUCCCUCGCCAUGGCUGCGCUCACCCGGAACCCGCAGUUCCAGAAGCUCCUGGAGUGGCACCGCGCGAACUCUGCCAACCUCAAGCUGCGCGAACUUUUUGAGGCGGAUCCGGAGCGCUUCAACAACUUCAGCUUGAACCUCAACACCAACCAUGGGCAUAUUCUGGUGGACUACUCCAAGAACCUUGUGAACAAGGAGGUGAUGCAGAUGCUGGUGGAGCUGGCCAAGUCCAGAGGCGUGGAGGCUGCACGGGACAACAUGUUCAGUGGUUCCAAGAUCAACUACACCGAGAAUCGGGCGGUGCUGCAUGUGGCCCUUCGGAACCGGUCCAACACACCCAUCAAGGUGGACGGCAAAGAUGUGAUGCCGGAGGUGAACAGGGUUCUGGACAAGAUGAAGUCUUUCUGCCAGCGGGUCCGGAGUGGUGACUGGAAAGGGUACACUGGCAAAUCCAUCACGGACAUCAUCAACAUCGGCAUCGGGGGCUCUGACCUGGGACCCCUCAUGGUGACUGAAGCUCUCAAGCCUUACUCGAAAGGAGGUCCCCGUGUCUGGUUUGUCUCUAACAUUGAUGGGACCCACAUUGCCAAAACACUGGCCAGCUUGUCCCCUGAGACUUCCCUCUUUAUAAUCGCCUCCAAGACCUUCACCACCCAGGAGACCAUCACCAAUGCAGAGACAGCAAAGGAGUGGUUUCUCGAAGCGGCCAAGGAUCCAUCUGCAGUUGCAAAGCACUUUGUCGCCCUGUCUACGAACACGGCCAAAGUGAAAGAGUUUGGAAUUGACCCUCAAAACAUGUUCGAGUUCUGGGAUUGGGUAGGUGGCCGCUAUUCGCUGUGGUCAGCCAUUGGACUUUCCAUUGCUCUGCAUGUAGGUUUUGACCACUUCGAGCAGCUGCUGUCCGGGGCUCACUGGAUGGACCAGCACUUCCUCAAGACGCCCCUGGAGAAGAAUGCCCCCGUCCUGCUGGCUCUACUGGGCAUCUGGUACAUCAACUGCUACGGCUGUGAGACCCACGCCUUGCUGCCCUAUGACCAGUACAUGCACCGCUUUGCUGCCUAUUUCCAGCAGGGUGACAUGGAGUCCAACGGAAAGUACAUCACCAAGUCCGGGGCCCGUGUGGACCACCAGACAGGCCCCAUCGUGUGGGGGGAACCAGGGACCAAUGGUCAACAUGCAUUCUACCAGCUCAUCCACCAAGGCACCAAGAUGAUACCCUGUGACUUUCUCAUCCCUGUCCAGACCCAGCACCCCAUACGGAAAGGUCUGCAUCACAAGAUCCUCCUGGCUAACUUCUUGGCCCAGACUGAGGCCCUGAUGAAGGGGAAGUUGCCUGAAGAGGCCAGGAAGGAGCUCCAGGCUGCCGGAAAGAGCCCAGAAGACUUGGAGAAACUCUUGCCACACAAGGUCUUUGAAGGAAACCGCCCGACCAACUCUAUUGUGUUUACCAAGCUGACACCCUUCAUUCUGGGGGCCUUGAUUGCCAUGUAUGAGCACAAGAUCUUUGUUCAGGGCAUCAUGUGGGACAUCAACAGCUUCGACCAGUGGGGAGUGGAGCUGGGGAAGCAGCUGGCCAAGAAAAUUGAGCCGGAGCUGGAGGGCAGCUCUGCUGUGACCUCCCAUGAUUCCUCCACUAACGGACUGAUCAGCUUCAUCAAGCAACAGCGGGACACCAAACUAGAAUAACUCCAGCCGCGGCCCUACUGACUGGUCCUCCGUGUCCCUUCUCACCAUAUGCACUGCAUGGUCCUGCCCCUCCCUGCCCAGAGCGCACCACCGGUAGUUGGCCUGGACUACAAGGCUGUUGGGAGAAGCUGGUCUGGAACUGCCAUCCACCCACUACGCACCCUCCCUGUUGAAGCUGAUGGAAGGGCUUUGACGUGUCAUGUUGUUCUGACCUGUAUUUCACACCCCAGCUAGAAUAAAGACACCUAGAGGAGGCAUGGGGGCUCAGCCUCUUCAGUUUACUGAGUCAGUACUUUUAUCUGUUACUUGUGGGUGACCCUGCUUAUGCCUUGUUUGGUUGGCUCUUUACUUGGUGGUGGGCUGGUCCACAGUCUCGGAGGAUUGAUCGUUAUGAGGGGACAGCUGGGUGAUAGGGGCACUUGGGAGGCACAGGCAGGUCUAUCUGAAUUCAAGGCCAGCCUGGUCCACAAAAUGAGUUCCCGGAUAGCCAGGGCUACACAGAGAAACCCUGUCUACAAAAAAGGGGUUGGGUAGGGUGGGGUCAGGGAUCUGCAGUUAGGUGGGCAACUUGCUCUCCAGUCACGUGUUCACCUCCUUCCCCUCCUCACCUUGGUGACGUGGAAAAAGUAAUUCUGCUUCACUAGGUAGGUUUUUGCUUGCUUGUUUGUUUGUUUACCUUCGCUUUAUUUUUGGUAUCAAAACCUAGGAAUGGGGCUGGAGAGAUGGCUCAACAGUUAAGAGUACUGACUGCUCUUCCAGAGGUCCUGAGUUCAAUUCCCAGCAACCACAUGGUGGCUCACAACCACCUGUAAUGAGAUCCGAUGCCCUCUUCUGGUGUGUCUGAGGACAGCUACAAUGUACUCACAUACAUAAAAUAAAUAAGUCUUAAAAACAAACAAAAGAACCCAGGGAUGAACUCGAUUAUACCCUUCAAAAGACAGUUUUAGCAGGGUGUCAUUACUGUCACAUUCAUAUCCUGGCUAUCAGUGAGUCCUUGUGAGACUGAGUGACAGCCCUGUCAUUCUACUUUCCACCAUGUUAAUUAGGCCCAUUUGAUGGCCAGUCAAUAAAAAGACUUGGUACAUGU